AUCAGCCGUGUCCAAUCACAGCUGAUUGCUGAUCAUCAGGGCACUGAUGAUCAGUGUGCCCUGAUAAUCAGUGUAGCCCCAGCAAUGCCACCUGUCAGUGUCCAUCAGUGCCUUAUGUCAGUGCUCAUCAGUGCACAUCAAUGCCACAUAUCAGUGCCCAUCUGAGCUGCCUUUCCGUGCCACCUAUCAGUGCUGCCAAUCAGUGCCGUCUAUCAGCUAGUCAGUACCGUAUCAGUGCCAGUACCGCCUAUCAGUGCCUGUCAGUGAUGCCUAUCAGUGCCGCCUAACAGUG